UUAGAGUCCUAAUUUUUUCCUGAGCUUCUCUUUGCUGACUUUUGAGUCUUUUGAUUUUCUCGGAAGUUAAAAGCCAGUUAAAAAGGUUUCCCCCUUUGUUUUUCAUUGCCGAUUGAGCUUCUCUUUUAGUAAAAAGGAAAAGAACGACUGAAAUGUUCUGUGGGUAGGAAUGAUUUUCCUGGGAAAAUCUCUUCAGUUUCCUGGAAAACUCUUGAGCCUAUGGAUCUGAAUUUAUAGUUGCAGAAACUUCCGCAGUGAUGGUUCAAAUGGGUAGGAAGAAGAAGACGACUUUUGUCAAUGUCGAAGAUGCUGUUGAGUUCUUCAAACAUCUGAUGGCGGAGAAACCCUCCGUGCUCUUGUUGAUUCCGGUGAUUUUGGUGUUGUGGGUUGUUGAGAGAUGGGUUUUCUCUUUGUCAAAUUGGGUUGCUCUGGGUGUUGCAGUUUGGGCAACUGUUCAGUAUGGGAAUCAUCAACGCCGAGUACUUGCGAGACUUAAACAGAAAGUGAGCAGUCAUAUUGCAUACAUCNNNCACUGUGAAUGGCUGAACAAGCUACUGAUGGAAGUUUGGCCUAACUUCAUGAACCCCAAGCUUUCAAUAAUUGCAUCUUUGGUAGAGAAACGCUUAAAGCAUCGAAAAUCAAGGCUUAUAGAAAAAAUUGAACUACAAGAGUUUUCAUUAGGUACAUGUGCGCCUUGUUUGGGUCUUCAAGGGAUUCGUUGGUGUACUUCAGGAGAUCAGCGAGUAAUGCGUUUAGGUUUUGACUGGGACACCAACGACAUUAGCAUUUUGUUGCUUGCUAAGCUGGCCAAGCCAUUAAUUAGGACUGCACGGAUUGUGAUAAAUAGUCUCCAUAUCAAGGGUGAUCUUUUAUUGAUGCCAAUUCUGGAUGGGAAGGCAAUUUUAUUCUCGUUUGAUUCAACUCCCGAAGUCAGAAUAGGAGUUGCCUUUGGGAGUGGCGGAAGCCAAUCAUUACCUGCGACAGAGCUUCCUGGCGUCUCAUCUUGGCUAGUUAAAGUUUUAACUGACACCUUAGAGAGGACAAUGGUUGAACCUCGUCGCCGUUGUUUCUCUUUGCCAGCUGUAGAUUUAAGGAAAAAGGCAGUUGGUGGUAUCAUAUAUGUAACAGUCAUUUCGGCUAGUAAACUCUCAAGGGGUAGCUUGAGAGUUAGUGCAUCAAGAAGACAUCAAAAUCAUUCCACAGACGGCAGUUUAGAGGAUUACUCUGGCGAAAAUCUGCAGACGUUUGUGGAGGUUGAACUUGAAGAGUUAACUAGGAGAACUAAUGUGAGAUCAGGAUCUAAUCCCAAAUGGAAUUCAACAUUCAAUAUGGUCUUACACGAAGAAACAGGAAUUCUUCGCUUCCAUCUUUAUGAAUGUACUCCGGGCAGUAUAAAACUUGACUAUCUAACUAGUUGCGAAAUUAAGGUACUUCCUUUCGAAUUAUUUAAAAGCAAUUCAGUUUCUGCAAUUUUUUUUGUUGUUUUACAUAAAGCCGAGGCUGUUAGUUUUAGUAGUGGACAUUUAACCAUGUUUGAGCUUUUAAACACAGACGCAUCCAAGGCUGAGGUAACAAAUUUGAAAUACUAUCAUAUCAGACAUGGUAUGUGGUGCCUGUGGAGCUUGUUUUGUUCAACUUUUACUCUGCCCUUAAUUUCUUUUCAGUUUCUUCGAAGAACAAAGACAGUGAAUGCUCUUAGUUCUCCUUGGAAUCAGAAGUUCGAAUUCCAUGAGAUAGGUGGGGGUGAAUACCUUAAAAUAAAAUGCUUUAGUGAAGAAAUCCUUGGUGUUGACAGCAUUGGUAGUGCACGAGUCAAUUUGGAAGGACUGGUAGAAGGAUCUGUCAGGGAUAUAUGGGUUCCACUCGAGAAAGUGAAUUCGGGAGAGUUAAGACUUCAGAUUGAAGCAGUGAGAGGUGAAGAAAAUGAAGGUUCAAGGCUAGCUUCAGGCAAUGGGUGGAUUGAACUUGUUAUUAUCGAAGCUAGAGAUCUUGUUGCUGCUGAUCUCAGAGGGACAAGUGAUCCAUACGUGAGCAUACAAUAUGGAGACCAGAGGAGAAAGACAAAGUUACAUGUGAAAGACCAUAAUACUUUACUUCCAACGUCAAGUAUAGGCGAUUGUGUCGUAGAAUAUCAAGGAUUGCUUCCAAACCAGAUGUCUGACAAGUGGAUACCUCUCCAAGGAGUGAAAAGAGGAGAGAUCCAUGUCCAAAUUACCAAAAAAGUGCCAGAACAACAAGUGAGGCAGAGUUUGGAUUUGAAGCAACCAAUACCCAAUGCACAAAAAAUUUCUAGCGAGAUGAAGCAAACUAUCAUCAAGCUUCAGUCAAUGAUUGAUGAUGGCAAUCUUGAAGGACUCUCUACUGCAUUGAGUGAGCUGGAAAGCCUUGAAGAUACACAAGAAGAGUACCUUUUACAGCUUGAGACGGAACAAACCCUGUUAAUAAAUAAGAUAAAGGAGCUUGGUCAAGAAUUCCUCAACUCCCCUUCUUGUAACAGAAGAUCCUCUGCAAAAUAAUUUACUUACUACAUAUUUUUAACUUCCAUAUGUAUAUUUAUAGACACACAAGUAUAUUUGUGUUCAUAUAUUUUUUGCUUGUUGACGGGAACCCAUAAUAAGUAGAUCGUGUAAGCAGUUGUUGAAGGAAUAAAAUCCUUGUAGAGUGUACCAUAACUUUAUUGCUGCAAUAAUUGUAUAUGGAAAAUCAAUCUAUUCUUAGCAGCAAA